UGAGCGAGCCGAUAUCUGUGCGCCGCGAGUCUGGUGCCUUGGGGCUGCUGGCUUUCCCUUGCUCCUCUGUCCUCCUCUCUCACAUUGCCCUGAAUUAACUUUGGCUGCUACCGCUGCUGCUGCUGCUCCUGCUGCUGUGUUGGGCUGUCUUCAGCAGUCCUUUUGACAGGCAGCUCCUGGGCCAGCCCCUCUCUCUGCAGCGCUCCUCCAAAAUAAAAAUAUCUGCAGCCGGCCACCUUCCACUCUUUCCUAAACUGACACCAGGGACGUGCCAAGGAGGGGGGGCACCCACUGGCCUAUCACUCCUUUCAAACAAACAAACAAACAAACAAAAACCACUGGACCAGGUGCUUUUUACAAGAGGACUUUCUCUCUCUCCCUCAUCCAUGUCUAUCUAAACUUGGGACUUUCAAACAGAGGUUACCCCGGCCUCCUCCUCCUCCUCCUCUGCCUCCUCGUAUCCUAGACCUCCCCUUUAUUCUCCAGGCCGGUGGUGGUGCUCAACUCAGCCAGCUUGUUUCUCAAGAUCUGGAUCCCCUUGGAGUUGGCUCCUGGGGCAGCAGCGACCCUCCAACAUGGCCAUUAAAGCGCAGUUGCCCACUUACGAGCUGGGGCUCUACGCUCUGGUCGUGGCAGGUGCCAUCGUUUACAGCGGGCAAGAGAUCUUCGAAAGCUCCAGAGAGAGCGUGAACCGAAAGGCUUUCCGAGAGAACAUUAAACCAGGAUGGCAUUACUUUGGCAGGAAAAUGGAUGCAGCUGACUUUGAAUGGGCCAUGUGGUUCACUUCCUUCAGAAAUUUCAUCAUCUUUGCCCUCUCCGGGCAUGUCCUCUUCGCCAAGAUCUGCUCCAUGACGGCUCCUCAACACAGGUCUGUGGUUUACAUGGCGUACGGGCUACUGGCCGUGCUGGGAACGAUGGGCAGCACUUACCUGAUGAUGGUCUUGUCCCACUGCUUGGUCAUCUACACCAUCUCGCUGGUUAAGCAGAAGUGGCUGUGCUUCCUCGCGGGCCUUUGCAGCCUGGCGUCCUUCAAGGUGGAGCCGUUCAGCACCUGGCAGAAUGGCUUUGUAACAGGAACUUUUGAUCUUCAAGAUGUUCUCUUUUACGGAGGAACCGGCUUCAGCAUCAUGCGGUGCAUGAGUUUUGCCCUGGAGAACUGUGAGAGGAAGGAAGGCAACUACUCCAUCUUCGCCCUCCUGAAAUACAAUUUCUACCUCCCCUUCUUUUUCUUCGGACCUGUCAUGACCUUUGACCAGUUCUAUGACCAGGUGCACAUCAGUGAGAUGCGGCGCAAAGACUAUGAGUUGUGGCACAUCUGUGUCCAUGGUUUCGUCCAUCUUGUGGCCAUCAUGGCAGUGGAUGUUUUUUUCCACUUCUUCUAUAUCCUGACCCUUCCUUCGGACAUGAAGUUUGUCAACCACCUCUCAGAUUGGGCGCUGGCUGGCCUGGCUUACUCCAACCUGGUCUACGACUGGGUAAAAGCCGCAGUGAUGUUUGGGGUCAUCAACACCAUUGCCAGGCUGGAUCACCUGAACCCCCCACAGCCACCCAAAUGCAUCACCAUGCUCUACGUCUUUGCAGAAACGCACUUUGACAGAGGGAUUAACGACUGGCUAUGCAAGUACGUCUACGAUUAUAUUGGUGGCAAUCACGACAACAUCUUGAAGGAGCUGGUAGCCACCAUCGCCACCUUUCUUGUGACCACCCUCUGGCUUGGCCCUUGCGAAAUAGUUUACAUCUGGUCCAUCUGCAACUGCUUCGGCCUCAAUUUCGAGCUGUGGGUGCAGCAGUUCUUCCAGCUGAAGCCGUUCGCCGCCAUAGAGGCCGGAAUGUCAGAGGCAAUGUCUCGGCGGAUCAGAGGCUUCUUUGGGGCUGCCAACUUCUGGGCUAUCGUCCUGUACAACAUCCUUGCCCUCAAUAGCCUCGAAUUCGCCAUUCUCGUCGCCACGAGAAUUCUCCAAACAGGUUUCCCCCUCAGCACAUUAUCCAUCUGGUUCAUCACUUACUGCGGUGUGCAGCUGAUCAAGGAGAGAGAACGUUUCCUGGCUCUCCAAGAGGAGAAAGGAGACAAGGACAAGACAGAGUAAAGGAGAGGGAGAAAGGCCAGCCCGCAAAAUGGCCGCUGCGGCUUUUUGACACGCUAGGCCAAAGUGCCUGACCCCUCAGCCCUGAGCACCUGUAUGCUGCCACGAAGAUCUCCUGUAGCCACGUACAAGCUCACCUGUGUAAUGAACUCCUUUCCCCAUUUAAAUUAAAAAAGAUAUUUUCUAUAAGACUCAAACACAA